GUCAUGCAAGUGAGGUUAACUAUCUGUCAAAAGUUUAUUCAUAAUUUUAGGAGGAGCGAAUCAUUUUUCAACAUUUCUCACAAUACAGACUUUCAGUAAAUUUGUGCAGCUCAUUGUUCCUGACUGUGGUAUUGCACAAGUGCUUUUCCACCGCCUUUCCUCCCUAAUGCUAAAAUUGCCAAACAAAGUCCUCACAUACUUUCUAAUAUGGUAAUUAUGGAUCCGUAUUAUUCCCCUGAUCGACUUCAAGAAAUAUGGCAAACAAUCGAUCAGCUCCACUUGAGCUACCUCGAGAUGGAGGAAAGCCCCGAAAAAAUCCACCACAGAAUGAGAUUGGAAGAUUGUAUUCGUGAAUUUCUGUGCAUGGCCUCACAUUCACAGAAGUUUUACUUACGAGAUACAGGGGAAGUCCUGUAUCGUUCGGCUGCCGCAAAAAAGGAUUUCAGUGGGUAUAAGGCUGCAACUGGGUGGAAUGCCAUACAAUUGUAUGCAGGGAAUUUGCUGGCACAGCCCUGGAGGAAGGAGUAUAGGCAGAUUAAGCUGUACUGCGGCUUUUACAAGCACCAGAUUGAAGCAAACCUCGCCGAUGCCGAAAUAAUGUUUAAAAUAAUGGGCUACAAGCAUUGCGGUAAUGGAGUUUUAAUGCUGGAUGGGCCUAUUUGUCCAGAUAGAGUAACUAGCGUGUCUAAGGAUUGUCUUAUCGCUUAUGUGGAGUGUCAAAUACUCAAAGCCAUUUGGGAAGAGUUAACACCAGCUUUCAAAAUCAGUUGGUUAGAAGUAUUAGAAUUUCGUAAAACGCACAUUUGUAGUCCAGAACAGUCCAUUAGGGCAUUAAAUUACCAAUUUCACGAGAAACAGUAUCAAGCUCAAAAUUCAGAUAUUUACAAUAGGUGCCAUCAAACAAACCAGUUUGCCCAGAUGCCUGGUCAUAGUCACUUGGUAGCUCCUCCUGGAAUUCAGCCCGUACCCUACGUCUAUAACACCACAAAUUGCUGCCCUAACAAUUACGCCACCUACGCACAUGUACCUUACGUUCCCAUCCAGUAUCAGCAACCCGUCAUUAAACCAAACUACACCAAUGGAUAUUACUGCUCUAAUGGGUUUUUGGGUCAGCAGCAUCCAACAUACGGUUACACGUGUCCCACAGGUCAAUUAAUCGAAUUAGAUUCCCACCAAAACGGAACCUACGAUGUUGUAGAUAGACCAACGAAUAGCUUGAGAGUAACUAAAAAUUCCGUUAAUCGCGACGUUAAAAAAACAAACGAACUUAAACUUACUAACGUCAAUAAAGAAGAAAAAGAAGAAGCUCAUUUCGAGGAUUGGGAUUACGUCUACAGGAACUUAGAAAGUCAGGGAUAUUCGAAAGAUUUGGGUGAAAGAGGCGACAUUUUGAGUUCACCGUUGAACCAAAAGAAAUCGAAACCUACAAACUUGGAUCAGGCUAUCCACAAUUUGACAGUCACAGACCGACCGCUAAAAAUCGUAGAAGCUUUAGAAAAAUACGAAGACGAACCUGAUAUAGUUAGGAACAAAUUCACCGAGCCGAGACGAUCUGAGAGUAGUUCGUACGAAAACCUAUCAGAAGUGAAGAAGCCAGUAGUCAUGAAAGCCGAAAGACGGAAGACUCUUCCGAUGAGGGAAAAAAAUGUUAAUAACAACGCAUACGAGAGUAAAUCAGAUCAAAAAGUGAAAGAUAAGUGGGAGUGCAAAGCGUGCACUUAUCACAACGAAAACGGUAAAGAUAUAUGUGAGAUGUGUAGCAAGAGUCGGGUUAACGUAGAGCAGCAGAUGGAAAUCGGGGGUCCACAAUGUUCUAAAUGUACGCUGGUCAAUUCCAAGGAUACGAAGGUAUGCCAAGCUUGCGGUGCUAGUUUGAAGGAUUCGCCGACUUACAUUUAAUUUAUCAGGACAGAGUUCGACAAUUUCUAUCUUAUUUAUUUCUCUAAUUUUACCAUGUUUUAAUAAACCUUGUCUUUUUAUCGCAGAUUGUUUUGCUUUCAAAUUUUUAUGGAGUGUUGAUAAUGUGACUGUUUUAGUUUUAGAGGAGUAUUUUUAUACCGUACGAGAGGAACUGUAAUUAAUUAUAACUGUAGUAUUUAUUCUUGUUAUAACUUCCAUUCGCUAUUCAUUUACUUGUUUAUCUUAUGUUCACUAUGUCAAAAUACAUGAUCAUGUUGCACGUUCA